AUGCAGAGCGAUCGUGGAGUAUUACAAGAUCGUUUGAAUAAAAUUCAAAAUGCCGUUCGACAGGCGCAACAAGAAACUUGGAAACAUCAGAAUCCAGCAUCUGCGCUUCCCAACAUCAAGUCGCACAGUGCUUCCUUUCAAUUAGGAUUGACGCUGUUUCGCGACGAUGUGGAACGGGUCGACGAGCGGAUUCGUGAUAAAUUGGAAGACGUUGAAAAGGAACUCAACAAACUUUCCACGGAAACCCAACCCAAUGAUUUCAUAUCACAGGACAGUGAAGACUCACCAAUGAUCAUGCUGCCCAUGUCGACCAUCGGCGAAGGGGAAGCCGACCAAGGAGACAACAGUGAUGAAGACUUGCUCCUUCAGAAUGACCCUCAAGCUCUACAAGACGAAAUUGAGCUUCACAGAACCAAAAUUGCCUUUCUUAAGCAAGCUAGUUUGGCUCGAACGGCAAUUAAUGACAGUAAGACGCUCUCGAAUAGAUUUCUGUCUCCCAACUCGAUGGACCUCCUAAAGGCCAGUAAGUUGCUUGUGCAAGCAAACGAACUCUUGCGACAAGCCGAAUCUUUCGCAUCUUCCCUGCCUGCGCAUAAAUACAAGGAAGGCGAAGAAAUGGAAGACAAUAAUGAAGAACGAGAGGAAGAAUACUCGCAAGAGCCCUACCAGUAUGGAACCAACAUUAUUACCAGCUUGAGGAAUGAAGUACGACUCGAACGAUCCAAGCUCUUGGUGACGGCAGGAACAAUCUUGGACCAGUCCGUUCAAUUGUCUCCGAACUCCAUUGAAGUUAAGAAUUCCAAACAGCUCAAUGAAGCGUAUGCAAUCUUGGAACAAUUUGAUGCCGAACUAUCGAACCGAAUCAUGCGAGAAACGUUGCGACGAUUCACCAAGCAGCUUUACCAAGAACUCUUGAAACCAAUCUUAUACGAGCAUCACGGCAAAAAAUGGAAGAUUGAAGAAAAGGAGGAAAAGGCACUGUCCGCUAAGGCCGGAGUCACCACCAAGGGACCCGUCCAUCGAAUUGAUUGGACCAUUGUUCACGGCGACAGCGCCAUGGACACGCUGAACGAGAACUCGUCGGCGAUUACUCCUUGGAAGCACACCUUGGAUGUCUUGGGCAGAAUUCUCGUCUUUUGCCAAUCGCGAAUCUUGAUGAAUCGACAGGAUCCAUGCGAAUAUGUCGGGGCCUUUCUUUUUGGAGAUCCCGAUGCCAUGCCUUCCGAACUCAACCUUCAUGCGAUGGGAUUGGAUUCGACUCGUAUCGGAGCCGACAAGGGAAUGCUAUCGGAACCCAUCUUGGAACUAAUCGCCAAGGAAUCUCUUCCGGAUCAUUACGAUUUCAUGGACGAGGAUAUAGUGACUUUGGAAGAUAUUGCAAGUGAACUCAAGUCCUAUGUCAAGCCAUUUUGCAUGGCCAUGUGUCAAAAGUGGUUCAUUCCAAUCCAACCCAAGCCCAAAUUAAUUGACUUUUGUGACAAGCUACCACAAAAGUACAUCGAACACCGACGAUGCAUCUUGCUGGACAAGGCCAAAGAUAUUCUUGUGAAUAAUGACUAUCACAAUACUGAACAGGUUGGAAUCACAGAACUGCCGGAAGGAGUCGAAGAAUACAUGUCAAUUUUUUUCAUGCAGUCCUGCAGUGUUUCUGUCACGGCCCUCAAAAUUGUCGAACUAGUUCGUGAGACGAUGGAAGAAGUGGUCCAAGCUGCCGACGCCCCUGCUUCCUUGCAAAGUUUGCGCCCAAACUUGUACAAAACGGCCCGAGAAAUGUUCACACUGUAUCGAGCCGUAAUUCCCUCGAAAUUUCGAAAGGAAGUCAAGACGGUCCCACGAACGGCAGCCGUCAUGCACAAUGACGCUGUCUUCUUUUCUCAUACUUGCGCGAAAUUGGGAUUGGAGUACAAGGGCCGAUUUGCCAAGCAAGAACCAAUUGAAGAAGAUGAAAUGGGGCCCAUCAUGGAACAAACUUUUGUUUUUGUUGACAUUGUUCCAGUCUUUCGAGAGUUGGCUCUCGAGUGUCUUGGUGAUAUGCUGGAUUUCCAAAAGAAACAAAUGGUCGAGUUGAUUCAGCCUCGUCUCGGAUACUUUGCCAUGAGCUUGAAAAGCAACGAGUCUCUGCUCGAAUGGUCCGAAGCGGAAACUGCCUUGGCCGCUGCCACUUAUCAUUUGAAGCACUUGCAACAAGCCUGGCAAAAUAUUCUGCCAAAGGAUGUUUUUGCAGCAGCAAUGGGAGUAUUGGCAAACGUGGUAUUUGAGGCAUUUUUGAAAGCCUUGUUGGUACAGGACUUGAGCAUUAGCCCCACUGCCAACCAAUUCCUAGCAUCGCUCUUCGGCAAGGCUUUGAAGGACAUUGGAGAGUUCUUUCAAAAAUCCAAGGAAACCCCAAGCCAAUGCUGUGAUGAAUGGGAUCGAUUCGUCUGCAUUGCCAAGUUUUUGGAGACUCAUUCUCUUCCUGAGCUGAAGGAUUCCUUGGCUAUGGGUGUCUUUUUGCAUCUCACUAGCCGAGAUGUCAAGAUCAUGUUGGUCGCCUGUCACAAGCACCAAGCGUAUCACCCAGACUACAUUGCUCUCAUGAACGAAUUGGCCAAUUUUGGAUCGCAACGGUGA